UUAACCCCCACAGUGGACCAGGAAGGGAGAAGACCGAAAGAAGGAUCGCACUUCAAAUGUUGAUAGCGUACACAAUUGUGUGUGUGUAUUCUAGGUGGCACAAGGACAGGAGGGAGUAGCGUUGUCUCGCAUUUUAUCUGACAUUAAUUAGCCACAAAAAUGGAUCGGUUGACCAGAAUUUGCACUGCCGUGUUACCGGGGAUACUUCUCGCACAGGUUAUAGUAAUCAGAGAGUGUCAAACUGCCACAUUAUCCACAGGAGAAAACACCACAAUAACCAUUAAAUCCUCAUUUCCAAAGGCCAAUUGCAGUGUCUGCGUUCUGAAAAACAAGCAAUCGUCCUGUUCAUCUGAGCUCCGCCUCCAACCCAGAGAAAAUAGGACUUACAGCUUCAGCUGUCCAGAUCCCUAUAAAUUCUUCACCAUUGAAAUCAGCAAAAACACUGUUUGCCUUUCCAACCUCUACUCCACUGAAGUUAAAGAACUACUGUCUUUGGCAUUCCCGAAGUUCAACAAUACUUUAAUCUGGAAUAUCAGUUUUUCUGAGAACAAAGCUCUAGUACUGGAUUUCUUUGGGUCAGGGCUGAGGCAAAUUAAACCGUCGGAGAGCUGUCCAGAUCAACUAACUUACAGCAUCCUCACCUACCUGACUGCUGACAUACAAAACAUCGGCACUUUCUGCAGGAGGGGCGCUGUUUCCAAAAUCCAAGUGGAUAAAGGGGCGAGGGUAUCUCUUCAGAUGUCAGGGAAAGAGGAAGUAGAUGAACCUGGUUUCAGUAUGACCAUUGCCCCCCCAAUAAAAAAAUGUUGCAUAAUUGAAGUGAGCUUAUUGCCGGGGUCUUCUGUGAACCUGCUCUCCCCAAACUACCCCCUGAGUUUCUCAGAUGACGACCUAAUGUCCUGGAUGUUUACCGUCCCUGAGAACAACAAAGCCGCCGUGGUUUUCCUGAACUACACCCAGCCGAACUGCGACAAGAAGAGUGAGAGGGUGGAAUAUACCCUAGCUGGAUACCAGUCCACCAUUGGGAAGAGUUUGACUGAUCAGCAGCCGUCGUUCAUCCAUACGAAUUUCGAAAUGCAGCUGGAGAACUGCAAAAUGGACAAGUCAGACCCCGGGAAACUGUCCUUGGAGUUUCGAGUUGAAGCCUUUAAUGAGAGCUACCAAAAUCAUUUUUGGAUUGACUUGCAAAAAGAAAAAGGGCUCAAUAUUACGAUAAAGCACAAGAAAGUGAAUCCAAACUGCCAGAUCUGUGUUGGUGCAGCUUGCCAGCCAGAGAUCACACUGCAUUCUGGAAAGAAGACCAAAGUGAUCCUCAAGAAAUGUAACCUGGAGGAACUCGGCAUGGUGGUCACCAAACACAUAGGUUGUUAUAACUGGGAGGAGUGCCCUGUAAAGGAGAUGCUCCUCAAAGUGCCCAGUUCCCUUGCCAGCCUGCCUGUCCCCCUGGAAAGCCUAACCUGGCAGCUGAGGGCUCCCACCGCCAGCACUGUAGUGCUGAACCCCGGCAAGGCUAAGCUGAAGCACCUCCUGCCUGGGGACAAAUGCAAGGAGGGCUUCUACUACAGACUGCUGAAGGGGAAUGAUUCUGAACUGGGCAGGUUCUGCCCUCAGGGAUCCAUCGAGAAAGUCCAGAUAAACUGCAAUGUCUCUGUGGUACUGAUAGCAGUCAACAACCACAGCCAAAUACUGGAACCCUUUUUCAAUGUUACCUUUGAAAAAGAAAUCGCAGAGAGCUAUAUAUUCACUGUGUCCCCUGAACUCGACGUCAUGAGCUACCUGGUGACCCCUAACUGGCCUGAGGGGAUGGCUCCCUUGUCCUCAGUGUCCUGGAAGGUUUUAGUGCCGCCAGGCCACAUGGUUCAGGUCAGCUUCCUCAAUGCCACCCAGCCGGAGUGCCGGAAGUCCCACACCAGCAUCUCCAUCAUGGGGCAGAGCUCUGUGGAAGAGGAGCUCAGUCGCAGGGAGGACGAGCUGCUGCCCGAGCACCAGACCAUGACGGAAGACUUCUGGCUCAACAUGUCCAAUUGCAAGCCUGAUGGCAUCAAGAAGACCUUUAAAGUGAUGUGUCAGGUCACGCUAAAAAAGAAACAAAACGAUCUCAUCAUGAAAAUCGCCAUUUCAACUCUUUCAGCUCUUUUGGUUAUUGUGGCUUUCAUUGUAAUUAUUAGCUGUGUUAUGAAAAAAAAGAAGAAGAAACAAAUCCAGACAUCAAUCUAUAAUCCAAAUGUCAACACCUUUUUUCCCGGACACCCGCUGUUCUCAAAAGGGAGGCGAGACAAUGACUCUCACAUAUACGCUGACAUAGACGAGACCAUGAUGUAUGGGCAGCUGCUGAGGGAGCGUGGCAUGACACCUCUCCCAGAGGUGGACAUCUACCGGCCUUUUGAAGGCCCUGUUGGAGACAGGCCCCCCACUCCUCCCCCUCUCUUUAACCGGGGCAAGACCAAGGAGGUCAGUCCAGAGGUGGAUGUCUACAGGCCUUUUUUAGGUCCAGUUGGAGAAGAACCGCCCAUUCCCGUUUUAAACCAGGAAGCCAGCAUGGAGGCGGUGGCGGACAGCCGCUUGGUGGACAGCCGCUUGGUGGACAGUAAGUUGUACACGUUUCAACAACACGAGCAAGAGGCAGAAACAGCAGGCAAUGAGGAUGAGCUGCCACUGCCUCCUGCUGACGAAGAAAUGGAACAGAAUAAGGUCCAAAUUAUAGCACCGCAAAGGAUGCUGGACAUCCAAAGCCCAUCCAAAGAUGUCUAAUAUCUUCACUAUUUAGAGACUAAACAGUACAGCACUACUUUGUUUGUCACUCUCCUAUAUUAUGGUGCUGUUCUAAGUGAACAGAAUUCUGUGUUGCAAAGUGGCCACCUUGUUUUAUUAACCACCAUUCAGUGAAUUUUUUAAAAUAUGAUUUAAAUGUAUGUCUAGAAACAACACUGUUUUUAUUAUUAUUAUUUUAUUAAAUGCAUUCUUUUGUUGAGCCUUCAGUAGCAGUGCAAGAAACUCAGUCAGCCUCAGGGAAAGGUGAGAUAGACUAAAUGCAGCUUUGUAUUGUCACUGCAUACAAAGGCUGUUAAAUAUUCCUUUUAGUUGUAUAAUACUGUAGAUGAAUAGUGCAAUAUUAUAAAAAGACUAGAGAAUAGUUAUAUUGCAAAAGACUUAUUGUGUAAACAUUUGCCUAAUUUUAUACAGUGACUUCCCUGUUCUCAGGUCCAUUUUGGAACCAUGGGUUCUUGUUGUUAUAACUAUACUGUUGAUGGCAACAGGCUGUGUUUUGAAAAACUCUCAUAGCUGUAACACUGUUUUGAAGGGCACUGUGGCCCCAAUACUAGGGCUUACAAUCUUAAUAUGAUGGCUGAAAGCGCUCACCCUUGAAUACCUACCCUAAAUACAUAGCAUAUGUGAUUUUAGUUCCCAUGUCAUCUACAACCCCUGUGUCCUUGUGCAGUUCAAUAUGGUAGUUAGUAUUAACAACUGGUUUGCAUGUUUUUUCUUGUUAAACCGGUAUUGUUAUCAUUCCUGUGUUCUGAGGUGGAAUUAGUGUUCCCUUCCAAGUGAAUGUUUGAUAUAGUUUUACUUUGUUAUAUAUUCAUCUAUUUUCUAUGUUAAAAAAAAACAUCUUUGUAUAUU